AUGACGAUUAAAGUUGUUGUAUUACACCCUCAUACGGGAGGUAAUAAAAUGUGGGAACAUCUAAAAACAAAUUGGAAAUUAUAUGGGGAUAUGGGAUUAGUCAUUACUGUGUUUAGAAAUUUUAGCUAUGAAAUGCUAGAAAUUAUACAACCAGAUGUAAUCAUUCUUGGAGAUUGUGCUGGAGCACCUUACCAAUUCACAGAACAAGAAUUUGAAUCAAUAGAAAUGUAUAUGAAUGAAGGAAUUAACAAACAUAUUAUUGGAACUUAUGCAACGUUUUAUCAUCAAGAAGGACCAUUUAAUAGACUUCAUAUCUAUGAUAAUAGAAGACUAUGUACACUUUUUGGAAUUGAACAAAGACUGAUUUUGACUACAAGAAGAAUAGAUGGAGAAAUUACUUAUAUCAGUUCUGAUAAAACUAUACUUUGGAAAAAUAUUCCACUUCCCUAUAAGUCUAAUGGAUAUACAAGUUCACAAGUUCCUCUUCAUGAGUUAAAAUGGGUUGAUGAAACAGGAAAUCUUAUUGGAUGUAUGCAAGGCACUAAAAUUUUAGCACAAUCUGAGAAUGGAGACUGUGUGAUCUUAGAAAGAAAAACAGAGAGAAUGUCUUCUUUGUUUAUAAGUCAUAUGCCAGAAUAUGAAUCAGUUAAAAAAGACUUUGUUGAUUGUCAAUUUCUUUACAACUGUAUUUUAUAUCUUGUCCAGCAUAAUUAUCAUUCUAGUUUAACACUGAUAUGUCUAAAUGAAAUUAAUAAACAUUCUGUCCCAAUUAAAGGAUUGAAUGGUUUACCUCCACCAUUAAUUGAAUUAAAGAAGAAACUUGAAAGGAAUAAGAAAAACAUCACUUACCAAUCAAAUCCAUAA